CUCUCUCUCUCUCUCUCUCUCAUACACACACACACACACCAUUGUGCCAGGGCUCCUAAAACCCGGACAACACUGGUAUUAAAGGUACAUUUUGAAUAGUUAAAUAUUGUGUUGUCACCAAGCAACCUCGCUGGUGCACCCCUGCCUGGUGGUGCUGGCGGGGCUGCGGGGGUGGAGGGGGGGAGUUGUAAGCUGGGUGUGGGUAAGUUCCCCAGCUGUGCCUGCACCCGCCCGCGCCGCCGGAGACUGGUAUGGAGAACUCGUGGCCAGUCCGCUGGUCGUGCGCGUGGCAGACGGGGGAGCGUCACUGUGCUCGCUGAUGCCGCCUCACUCUGACGCGCCACCACCCGCCGCCUCGAGGCUCCGAGUGACUCCCGCUCAGACAAAGUUAUUAGUGUUGAGAGGUGCCUGAAAAGAGUGGCUAUAGAGGACAAGACGUGCUGGUGUCAUGAGCCACGACAUUGAGCAGCAAGCGAGUCAGCGGCGCCUGUGGACAACCCAUUGACAGUGAGUGGUGGUCGCGCCCUCGGCAAGGCAACAAUCCCCUGGUGGCCGCAGUGCAAUGUCGGUGUGGCGUCGAUUAGUGGUGUCUCAAGUUAUUGUGUGGUGAGGAGAGAGUGAAAUUAAUUCGUUGGAACCAAUAAGAUGUAAUAAUACCUUUCCUAAUGCUAUGCACGGAAGUAAUACGUGAAAGAAAAUAAGAGAGAGAGAGAGAGAGAGAGAGAGAGAGAAAAAAAAAGAAAGAAAGAGAGAGACGCAGGCAGAGUCCAUGACGCGACCAAAGCUGUGACCCCGUCCUAUCAUAGUCCACCUCGCUGACCCCAGCGUUGCCAGGUGGCUGAGUAUCAGUGCAGGAGCCCCUCAGCCUCCCCCUCCCCCUUAGCCCUCCUCCUGUACCCGCAAGAUGGCCCUCGCAGCGGCUCCCUCGCUACUCGUGCUGCUGCUGCUGCUGUUCCUCCUCCUCCUGGCAGCCUUCCCGUCCUUGUCUGCUGCAGGCAGCAGUAACGCCACCUCAUCUUCCUCAUCCUCCUCUUCAUCCACCUUCACCGCCUCUACCUCCACCACCAGCACCACCACCACCUCCGGCACCAGCGGGGACUCAAGCGCACCCAGAAAUUUCAAGCUAGAAAUGAAUGACGAAAAACGACUACUUGACUCCUUGAUGACCGGAUACGACAGAAAUGUGAGGCCAGUGAGGAACGCAUCCAACCCCAUCGUGAUCCAGUUGGGCAUCACUCUCACGCAGAUCUUCGACAUGGAUGAGAAGAACCAGGUGUUGACGACGAACGUGUGGCUAGACCAGGAGUGGGUGGACGAGCUGCUGCGGUGGGACAAGAACGAGUACAACGGCUUGGAGACGAUUAGAUUGCCGUGUGAGAAGAUCUGGCUGCCGGACAUCGUGCUAUACAACAACGCGGACGACUACACGCGGGGCUACAUGCAAAGUAAGGCAAUGGUGGGUCACCAAGGUAAGGUGUUCUGGCCGCCGCCCACUAAGUUUCGCUCCACCUGCCCUGUCGACGUCACCUACUUCCCCUUCGACGACCAGACGUGCAUCCUCAAACUGGGCUCCUGGAUUUACGACGGCUUUCAGGUUGACGUCACCAACAGGACGGCAGAGGUGGACCUAACUAACUACAUUCCUAACGGCGAGUGGGAGCUGCUGGAGGCGAGAAUCAUCAGGAACGUCAUCUAUUACUCCUGCUGCCCAGAGCCCUUCCCUGACGUCACCAUCACCAUCACUAUCAGGCGCAAGACCCUCUACUAUAUGUACAACGUGGUGCUGCCCUGCAUGAUGAUGUCCGUGCUCACCCUCCUCGUGUUCUGCCUCCCGCCUGAUUCAGGAGAGAAGAUCGCUCUGGGAGUCACUGUUCUGCUUGCCUUCAGCGUCUUCAUGCUUGCCAUCGCAGAGAAAAUGCCUGAGACCUCGGAGUCCAUCCCGCUGAUUGGCAUUUACCUCACCGCUGUGAUGACCAUUACCUCCAUCAGCAUCAUCAUGACAGUUAUCGUCCUCAAUUGUCACUACCGCGGACCCAUUCAGAGGGAAGUCCCGCCCUGGAUGAAAAGGGUGUUCUUACGCAGCCACGGUUCCAAUAAGUGCAAGAGUGGCUCCUCCACCGCCGCCGCCACCACCGUCACCACCAGGGCGAGACGGGGCUUCUUCGGUAGAGGACUCAAGCGACGGAGGCCCAAGACGACGAAAAACAACGGCGAGGACGUCAACCUUACGAACUCCAACGCUCACGCCAGGGUCGUCACUACCGCCCUCUAUGGGGACUUCUCUAAUAAUGUUUCUAAAGACCACCACGUGUCUAAGAGCGACACGAUUCGCCUGACGGUGGAGAAUGUGGGAGACGACCUGAAGGAGGGCGGCCAGGGCGACUACUCCAGCGCCGAGGACCUGCACAAUCUCAACAUUGGGUGGCGGGACUACAACAACGACACCAACACCUACAGGAGGAACACCACUGCCAACAGCACGUACAGCCCAAACCUGGCUGCGGUGAGCACCAACCGCGCCCAGGAGGAGAUCAUUAGGGCGCUCAAGAUCCUGCUGAGCCGCCAGGAGCGCGAGGACGCCGAGAAGAAGCGGCUGAACGAGUGGCGCGUCAUCGCCAUCGCCGUGGACCGGAUCUUGUUCUGGAUAUUCUUCAUCGUCACGACCGUGAGCUCCGUGGUGUUCCUGGUGAUCCUGCCGGUGGUGAAGCGCUCCGAGUACGUCCGUAAUACCUGAGAUCGCCUGGGUGCCCCAAGCAGUGCACCAGUUUAGUGCUAAUUGUGCCCUCGUCCUCCCCUAGGUGGCUGUAAGUGACCACGAGCCGCUGAUACCUUCCCUCCAGGUGGACCCUGAGAUCUCUUUGUCUUGGUCUGUGUCGCGCCCAGCCACACUCGUCCUCUUCAGCGGUGGUAGAGCGCUUACUCUCUUUGACUCACGAGUGUUUCCAGGAGAAUCCUGAACUCUGUCUUCUUGUAUUGCGAUUAGAGUUAUGAGAAAAGAAGCUGACGGGAUGACAGGAAGAAAUGUUACGUAGCGUGCGGAUGGUGCUAUUGUUGUAGGGAAGAGUUUAAUCUUUCUACCACGUUUGAAGGCACACUUUUGGCCGGGGACGGCAGCGCGGGCCGUGGUCGGCGUGUCCACUCUGUGAUAAUGGCUUCCAGGUCCCUCACGACUAUCGUCACGUUGCAGCAACAGGUAGAACAAGAUCGGUGCUUUCUCUGCCUUUCAACGGGACACGUUUAGCAUAGUUGUGUGUGGGCGCUCGACGUCACAACUGACCCACUCGAAUAUCUCAUUUGUACAUCGCUGAAGAGGCUGCUAUGUUGUAUAAAGGUUAAUAAUACUAUGCCUAUAAGUUGUUACCUGCCAUCUCUAGCGAUGGUUUAGAGGAGGGCCUCCAGGGUGUCCCAGGCGACGGGAAAGCGUCACCUUCGCCUUACACUUGUCUCGUGGUCAAGGGAGUCUCUCGUCUCAAUCCUGCUGUCGGCGAGGCGGGCGGGCCGUGGGUGACUCCGCCGUAUUUGUAAGCCUUAACAAAUAUGAUGUAUAUGAAAUUGAUUUAUAUUAGUAUAGAUACGCCUCAAAAUAUAUAUAUGGAGAAUAUAUAUAUAUAUAUUCAAAUAUAAAUAUAUUAACCUUUAGUCCUCAUACGAAUUAGUAGAAAAAUCAUUAUAUAACUGCACAAAACUUCCCGGGCAAGUUAAGAGUCACCGUGGAAGGUCGUGUUGGCUUCACCGUGUCUACUUUGUCUGCGCCACCGCCGCUCUCUAAGGGCGCUCUGUCCCAAACUGAUACGAGCAACAACUUGUGUCGGAGAUGCAUACAACGCCACCCUGCCUACACCAUGACCCCCUCCCGCCGAAGAGCUGCGUCCCUAACCACCAAUGUACUACUACUUCCUUUCCUCCCUUCCUUGGCGAACGUCCCCGAAUCUCAGCACAUCAGGUCCUUCUCUCCUCCCUCCAAGUCCCUGAGCUAAUAAUAAUGUGGAGUGACUAGCUGGUGACCGUCGCUAAUCCCAAAUCCAUUAACGCCUCUUGGUCCCCACUCACGCCUCUUGGAUUCCUCUCACCCACCCACUCAUUCACACUACUCGCGUGCGUAGCGUCUUAGGCACCUUGCAGCCUGUGUGUAUUUUGCUGCUAACAAGGGAUUCAAUACGGGUUUCGGGUGGGAUUUGCAAGACCGAACUGUUGAGAAGAUACGGGACAGGUGUGCGUGCGUGUAUGUGUGUGUGUGCGUCGUCACGAUGAUUACACACACCCUCGAGGAAAUAACCUUCAUAUCACUUCAUUUUUGUGAGGUUUUCGUGUGCACUGCGAUGCCCUGUGAGUCUGUAGAAGCUCAAGGGUUUAGAGAAGCCGUAGUUUGGAGGUAGUGGAGGUGGAGAUGGUGGUGGUGGUGGUGGUGGUGGUGGUGGUGGUGUUAGCGCUGGCAUUGGUUAGGGUGGUCUGGGUCCUCUCACAGACACGAUUUUUUCUGAAAGUUCUCCAGCUCGUAGAAAUUUCUCGCUUCGAUACAAAUUAAAGAAACGGGUCUUCAAUUAAAAAAGAAUACGUUUGUAAAUCUUCACUGUGGACCCUGAACUCCUUUUGUCGACGGUGACAUCUUGGCGAGCGAGAAGUGAAGGAGGAGGGAGACUUUUCGAGGUAGAAGCGAGCGCUAGUCUGGCGUAGGUGUAUAUGUUUAUGUGUCAUUACCUACAGCUUUUCCUUUCCUUUUUUUUUUUAUCUGUCUUCUGCAAAACUUUGAGGCGAUUAAUAAUUCUCCUCUUCGUCAUCCGUAACUUUCCGUGUCUCGUUAACUUCCUUCUUCGCCAAAUGGGAACUUUUUAAUAUCUAUGUUCCUUUUUCGUUACCUAUUUUCUCGAAAACAUUAAAGCGGUCACCUGUACCCUUCAUCAUUCGUAUUGUUGAAUGACCUGUUACCUUUCUUCUACGCCAUCCAACCAGAGUUCUCUUUGGUUCCUCUCCCUGCUGGCGUUCACGGCGCUAGGCCGCACGAGUCCUGUGGUCACCUGUUGAUUGGGUAGUGUUGGUAACGUUGGCAUCGGUGCAUCGGGUCCCUUGCCUGAGUUGGGUUCCUUGGCUCAGCGGAUCUCGCGUGUGGGAUCACUUCUUGUAAGAGACAGAAGGACCUUGCAGAUUUUCGUACUCACUCAGUGUAUUCCCCGUGAAGGAAGCCAUCGCGGACUCUUGAUAUUUUACUACGUACUGUACAUCUCGCCACGCUGCAGGAACGCCGCCCACCAGGUGACUUUUUGUAGACCGAUGACUGGCGCCGAGGGUGUGUAAAUGUUUCGUCGAGGUGACUCAGUGUCACUGGCGUUUGUCUUUUAAAACACUAAAAAAUAAACUCUUGAAGAAAAAAAUUUAUUCAAGAGUGUGUCAGAUCUCCAGCUGGUAUGGAGCUCAUAUUUGUAUCCUUUUGUAAAUAUACUGAUAGGUUAAUCUUGGCUUGCACUUCUCAAAGCGUGUACAAAAUUGCAUCAUUACAAUUGGAUCGGCAAUAUUAGUGUUAAUGUGCGUUGGUCCCGGCUGUGUAUCUCCGCGGGCACCCAGCAGCCCCCGCGCCCUCCUGAGACAAACAAAAUUAGGUUUUCUUAUAAACGUGUAGCGUACUCUACAGAACCGAGUGUUACUGAUACACCAAUUAAAAGUAAGGUAACUCACCAAAUGAUACCAUAUUUUGAUGCCUUGACCUUCCUACCCAUCUUUCUUCCCUCUCCUCUACUCAGAUGCUGUUUCAUUUCUGAUGUUCCCAAGUUACAUGAGACACUUGAUUCUCCGAUUAUGUCUUUUUUUUUUUUUUUUUUCAAUUUCUUAUUAUUUGACAUUUAAACACCACACUGAAGCAGGAUCUUUUGUUUUAUAUUCAUGUAAACUUUUACUUUCCAUUAUGUCAAUGAUACAUGUUCAAGAAUUUAUGUUGAUACGAUGGCGCUGGUGUGUGUGUGUGUGUGUGUGUGUUAUAGGCUGGGAAGCAAAGUGGUGGAUUACAGAGGAACACACUAGCACUUGUCCGUGGUGUGAGGUGAGCUGGUCGCUGCCUCGUCCAUCACAUCCAGCAAAACUGCCCACUUGCUGCUCACGUAACCCACUUUCUGCUGGUUUAUGGCAAUACAACAAUUAUUCCUCCAUCUGAAUAGCUCUAGACGAUGUUACUGAGCAAAAGCAAAAAUACAGACACUAAAAGACUUGAGGUAACCGAUUACUCAGUAGGUGUUUAAAAGUUAUACCAAAACUUUCGUCAGACAACUUGAAUUCCACAGGAGAAAUCAUACAAGGUUGAAGUGAGCAUCCACCAGAGCAUAGUUAGGGCAGCUGGCCAAACACGGGACGCUCUCUCCUUCUAUUCCACAGAAAACAAGACAGGGGAUACUCUUGAACGUUUCGGUUUCUUAUUUCAACAACUUCCAGCAACCUUUAGUGGGAGUUACUCAGGUUUUCACGGAAGACUCUAGUGGCAACUUUAGAAGGAAAUCUACAUCAUCAAUAAGAAUCAACUCAGUAGCAUUUGAAAGCUAGUCCAAAUGAAACCUCAUAGCGUUUAAUUAAGAAUACGUACUGGCAGGAAUGGACCUGUGACUAAGAAGAAAAUGGAAUGUCACGAUUUUGGCAGGUGACACAAAAAUGCUGUGUUAUUAGAAAGUGAGGAAUGACCAGUGAAUUAAAGAGCAAGACUGUACAUGCGAGGGACAAGUGAACACUGCCACUGGAAGGUGAAGAAGUGAAGGAACAAGAGUGUCAUUGCAAGAUGUACGAGUGAUGCGUGAACUACUUGAGAGAGAGAGAGAGAGAAUUAUUAUUAUUAUUAUUAUCAUUAUUAUUAUUAUUACCAUUAUUAUUAUUAUUGUUACUAUUAUUAUUAUUAUUAUUAUUAUCAUUAUUAUUAUUAUUACUAUUAUUAUUAUUAUUAUUAUUAUUAUUAUCAUCAUCAUUACUAUUUAUGUCAUUAUAUUUAUCAGUUUUACUACUUUUGUUACAAUUACUACCAUUUCAAUUACUACUACUACUACUACUACUACUACUACUACUACUACUACAGCUGCUACUGAGACACAUCAAGGGUCUAGGAGAUUUUUCAGGUGUCACUUGUACAUAUUUGACGAAGCUCUCCAGCAGAAAACUACACUAGCUUCGUACGCACGUCUGCUCAAAUUGUAGCGUAGCCCGAGACCUCCAUACACACACACACACACACACACACACACACACACACACACACACACACACACACACACACACACACACGUGGAAAUAAUGUCACUGCUUCUCAUUCAUUUCGUGGGUUUACCUCGCACGUCAUCAUCUCUCUCGAUUCCUUUCGCCCUUUCGAUGUUUCCUUCGCGCAUCCUUACGACGCAAGAACGUUUGGUUUCCCCCUGCGUCACUGUACGUCAUCACUGUGUUCAUAGUUAUUGCCAUUGUUGCUCUGUUAUUUAUCGCUGUCCUUUUUUCAGCAGUGAUGUAUUCUGGGUGUCUGUUGGUUUGCCUCGAAACAUUCCUUCGUGUUGUCAAGUUGUUUAGUCUCUGUGCAAGGCUGUGGUUUCUGGAGAACAUUUUUUUUUUUCGACCUCUCUGUCCUUACUCGAUUAGAAAAGCCUUCAUUUUAUCCCCAGGCACUCUCUCUCUCUCUCUCUCUCUCUCUCUCUCUCUCUCUCUCUCUCUCUCUCUCUCUCUCUCUCUCUCUCUCUCUCUCUCUCUCUCUCUCUCUCUCUCUCUCUCUAUGUAUGUAUGUAUGUAUGUGUGUAUAUAUAUAUAAGUAUGCAUGUAGUAUUAUGUACAUAUGGGUUGUUUUCAUUGUUGGUUUCCGUCACGCUAACAAAGGGAGCGCCGCGUUACAUCCAUCACAGAUACACGCUUGUAUUAGACUCUCCAUUUUUUCAAGUGCUAAAAUUUAUUAUUAUUAUUUUCUUUUUUUUUUAUCUCACCAAACGAGCAUUUUUUCUUUUCUUUCCUUUUCUUUUUUUGAUCAGACCCACAAUUUGUCCAGCGCACUUUAGGAGAUUAAGUGUACAAAUACCUCUCCGGAAGCUCCCCGCGGACCUUGCUCCCUUCUCUCCCAGCAGCUACUCGCCCGCUCCACCUGUCCAUAUCUCGUGCCUGUAGGUGCCGGUGAUGACCUUCUCCACCUCGUACGUACUUACCACUUCAUUCAUCCCCAGAGGAUAUACUACUCCUGUGAGCGAACAUUCACACAUUCCUCAUACACUGUAUCUCUAUCAGGUGGCGCCAACUAUCUGUUGUUCUGUAGCUAUAUACUCACGUGACACUGUGCAAGCUUUUACCCUGCAUCAUCUGUACGACUAUAUUCUUCUACUGUGUGUGUUUGUACGUUUAAGGCUUCUUUUGAAGAGAGCAUUUGAGGUACUGCAGUGCCGCCAGGCGCCACGCCGCAGCGCGUGGCGCGGGACGCCAUCCGCCGCCCCUCCUGGCAUCCAGCCGCCGAAAAGAAAGUGACUUUUUUAUGUAUAUUAAUACGAAUCAGAUAAGAGGUUCGAAAACAUAUACGCCCUCGGUGGAGCUGUCAAUGCGCUUGUCACUGCAGGACCCCAAACUCCCAUUCUAGCUUUUGUUCCUCCUCCGGAAGGCGGAGUAGCUGUGCCGUGACGACCAUAGUUCAGAUACAAACUAGAGUAAGAGAACUGCUGCAGGGAUACUGAUAUUUUCAAUGUUAUUGCGCCUCACCGCUCGACAUCCGUGUGUUGUGGUGACUCCACGCCGCCAGUCCCCGGCGGCCGCCAGGCACCGGGCGGCGGGAGCGAGGCAGCUCGAUCAGGUUGGGCGAUUGUCUACGUAGGUCACACUUUUUACUCCGGAGCGAGUCUGGACGGUGAGAGCCAACGUGGGGCGCCACCAGCUGCUGGCCAGGGCCAAGACGGCUCCUGUGCGGUUGUUGUAUGUCAGGUUGAGCCACCAGUACCCAGCUGGUCAACCGUGUAUUAUUUGUAACUGCAAUAGAUAUAAAUGAAUAAAUAAUUUUUUAUAAGUUUGUGGUCUUGCUUUCCUUUGGCAGCGUGCAGCCGUACUUUAUAAAUCGAUAAAGCGUUAGGCUGUGUUGAGAUAACUAAGAGAUUCCGGGAGCAGAAGUGGACUGCUCUGCUGGUAAGUCACGGAAAGUGUAAGUCCUGUGCAAUGCGACUUCACGAUU